UCUCUCUCUCUCUCUCUGUCUCUCUGCAGUCAAACAUGGCGGAAAUCAAAACGGGAAUUUUCGCUAAAAACGUCCAGAAACGUCUGAACCGCGCGCAGGAAAAGGUUCUGCAGAAACUGGGAAAAGCAGACGAGACUAAAGAUGAGCAGUUUGAGCAGGUGGUCGUUAACUUCAGGAGACAGGAGACUGAAGGGUCUCGCCUGCAGAGGGAGAUGAAGUCCUACAUGUCUGCUAUAAAAGGAAUGCAACAGGCGUCCAUCAACCUGACCAAGUCCCUGCACGAAGUCUACGAACCAGACUGGCACGGAAAAGACGACGUCAUGUCCAUCGGGAAGGACUGUGAUGCUUUGUGGGAAGACUUCCAUAACAAACUUGUGGACUCGACACUGCUGAACUUGGACGAGUACCUGCAGUUUUUCCCCGACCUAAAGACUCGAGUUUCAAAGAGAAGUCGUAAACUCAUCGAUUACGACAGUGCUCGCCAUCAUAUGGAAACUCUUCAGGUGUCUGGGAUGAAGAAUGACAGGAAGAUGAUUAAGGCAGAAGAAGAACUGAAAAAGGCUCAGAAAGUGUUUGAUGAACUGAACGUGGGUCUGCAGGACGAGCUGCCAACACUCUGGGACAGUCGUGUUGGAUUCUACAUCGGCACCUUUAAAAGUGUCACAAGUCUGGAGGCAAAGUUUCACAGAGAGAUUUCUCUGGUGUGCAGGCAGCUGUACGAGGUCAUGACUAAACUGGCAGAGCAGCACUCGGACAAAAUGUUCACCAUCCAAGGAGCACCGAGUGAUUCAGGGCCGUUAAGACUUGAAAGAACUCCAUCGCCACCAGAAGAUGAGUCUUCACUGGAGAGUCCUGAUGUGCCCUCCAAUCACAUGCUGCGUCCUGUCUCACCUGGACCACCAAGACCCAAGUCCCCCACACAGUUUAAAAAGGGACCACCGGUGCCGCCUCCUCCUCCAAAGGCCACGCCCACCAAGGAAGUAGCCGAGGAGCAGAUCAUCGAUCUGUUUGGAGGAGAGUUUUUCGCUGCACCUUCAGCGUCUCAGCCCAACGAAAGACCUGGAGAAUCUCUUCUGGACUUGGACUUUGAUGCUUUUCAGCCGGAUGAAAGUGUUUCUCCGAUACCUCAGACUGACGUUCCCUGGGACAUGUGGACGGCAAACUCUCAAACAGCUCAGCCUUCUGCCAACGCUGGUUUCGUUGCUGACUGGUCUGCAGACUUUGGUUCAAUGUCAACAAAUGGAGACACUUGGACAGCUGAAGCUCCUGUUGUCCCCGCUGAAGGACCAGCGGACACACAGGGCGGGGCACAGGCAGACUGGUUUCAGCCGGGUGGAGACACCGCUUUAUCUCCUCAGGACAGUGAAGUGACCACAGCAGAAAACCAGGAAUCACCUGCUCCAGAAUUGCAUGCUGCCUUUGAUGAGAAGAAUGAAGAUGCUGAAUCAACUGAGGCUGCAGAAGAAACAUCUGCUGCCACGACACAGGAGUUAGACGAACCUCCAACGGUAACUGCUGGAGAACAACAUGCAGCGCCCCUUGCUGGUGAGGCGGAGGAACCUGCUCUUCCUUGUGCCGAGAACGUACCAGAACAUGUUCAGAGUCCAAGGGAUGAAAAACCUGCUUCCAUAGAUGAAUCUCCAGCUUCUGAAACAGUGGAUUCUGUGCAGGAGAACAUGUCCAUCCCCUCUGUGGUGAUUGAACCUGCAUCCAGUAAUGAAGGUGAUGAUGAUCGUGACGCUGACAUCAUCUCUCCCACCGUCACCAGUGAUCACCAUGACAACAUCAAACACAUGAGUCCAUCAGACUUUCUCUACAAGGUAGAGACACUGCACGACUUUGAAGCAGCAAAUCCAGACGAGCUUGAGUUGAAGAGAGGUGACGUAGUUCUCGUGGUUACUACAGCGUCGGUGGAGGAUCAGGAUGCUGGUUGGCUCACAGGCAUCAAAGAAAGUGAGUGGUUAACUGUCGGAGCUGCUGCUCAUAAAGGACUUUUCCCAGAAAACUUUACUCAGCGUUUGGAGUGAAAACAAAAACAUGAAGCCCUUGUUUUGUUGUUCUAAAACAUUAAUGUCCUCCUACAGUAGAAUUUGUCCGGUAGAUUAAAGUCAAAGUAAAUGAUAUCAAAAUGAAAGCAUGGUGUGAUAAUAAAAAUACGAAAUGUCUCAUUUGAUAUUUUGAAUUGCCUCCAAAAACAAACUGGAAACCUAAGUGUUGUGAUUUAUUCAAAUGUAUUCAGUGUAAAGUAACACGUCAUUGCUGUUAAAUCACAGUUAUUGUAUUAUUGUAACAUGGUUGUGUGUGUGUGUUUGUGAGUUUAUUUAUGAGAAAGUUUUGAGAGAACUGAAUUUAUUGUUGAUUACUGACCAAACCAGCAUGAAAAUGUCAAUUCUUUUAUUAAAGUAAUGCAAUAAACAGAGAAAUAUCACAGUAGAAAAAAAGGUUAUAUUAUGUCUAAGUGUAAGUAACAAAUAAAGAACGUGGAACAAAAAGACAUUAUUAUUUAUGUACAACUGUGAGAUUAAAGAGA